AUGGACACUGUUCUUGCCAGGUUGCUGCUCACGGUCGGCCAUGAUGCUGUUUUGCGCGUUGCAGUUGUUGCUCUGAUCGCUGCAAAGCAGCAGGCAUUAUUCAAAAUUAACGCGACGGAGGACUUGACCGGUCCAAUCACCUCGUUUGACACGAGUCUGGUCACAAUGUCUGACAAUAGUUUGACCAAUGCCGAUAUGAACGGCAACAAACGGAAACGCGAAGAUGAAGACAGCGUCGGACCUGACCCUCAGCGUUUGGCGACUUCCCACGGCAGCGCCAACGGCAACAUCCCUGGCCUGACGAGUCCUACUGACACACAAGCGUUUACCCACUCGGCACUGGGACACUAUGACGGCUCAACGUCCGAUCUCAAUAUUGACGAACAGCUGCUCACCCAUGUCGCGCAAUCGAACGGCAUGCCAGAUGACAAUACAUUGACUGCGAAUGCAAAGGCGGCUCUUGCUGCAAAUCCACAAAACAAGUACCCCACCGGCCCCGAUGGAGGGUUUGAUGGCCAGAUUUCACAUGGCCUCCCAUUUGCCGAUCAGCUCGCACACGCUACUGGCGGGCUUACUUCACAUGGACCACAUGAGUCAACGGCGGCGGCAGUUUACGCGGCCCGCGAGGCUCAGAGUAUGACUACGAAGCCGACUGUCGGAUCGCCUGAAUGGCAUGCUCUACGCAAGAACAACCACAAAGAAGUCGAACGUCGUCGUCGUGAGACCAUUAACGAAGGCAUAAAUCAAAUAGCCCAGCUGGUGCCUAAUUGCGACAAGAACAAAGGAGCCAUCCUUCAGCGCGCCAUAGAGUACAUCUCCCAACUUCAUGAAGAGAAGAAACAAAUGAACACGCGCUGGGAACACACAAAUCUCACUACACAACAAGCCCUCGCCGAGAUCAACACACAGAAUGCCAAAUGGAAAGCAGAAGCCAACCGACGAGGCGACAUUGCACUGAAAUGGAUCCAGCGUUGUCGAGAGGCGAACCUCAAAUUUGACGAUUAUGACGACGAAAAAGAUCUAGGUCAACUGGACACCGAUCAUACUCAGAAUAUUUGA